UUGGUGUGGUCAUGGAGCUCAUGGAGAGAGGAUCACUGGCCUCCCUACAGGAAGCCUUGGAUGGACCUCCACCCUGGCCGCUGGUCUUCAGACUGGCUCACCAAGUGGCUCUGGGUAUAAACUUCCUCCACAGUCUGCCCCGUCCCGUUCUCCACCUGGACCUGAAGCCCCCCAACGUGCUGCUGGACGACUCUCUCAAUGUCAAGGUGAGGACUCUGCUAUGAGUCAGUGUGAGGACAGAGAGGAGGGAGCCCCUCCCUCUAAAACCACUCUGUGUGGGGACCAUGACAGCCAGACCAAAGCUCAGAGUAUCAGGAUGCAGCAGCAGAAACCAGGACCUGAACCCAGCUGUGUGUCCAUGAAGAGUGACUGGUCUAUGGGUCAUCCUAUGCAGUUUAAAGAUGGACAAGCUGUUGAUGAAAGAGUUCACCAGGAGAGCUCAGAGGGCCUCGGUGGUCAGUCUGAUCUGCAGCAGCAAACAGAGCUGGACUCCAUAUUUAUGCUGUUGGAGGAAAGCAUCGUCACUUUUGUAAAGAACGAGCUGAAGAAGUUUCAGAAGGUUCUGAAUCCAGAUUACCCAGAAUGCUUAGAGAGUCAGAGGGAGGAUGAGAAGGUUUUGUAUGGUGAGGAUGAGGCGCAGAGGAGGAGGAGCAGAGAGGCAUUUCUGAAGAUCACACUGCACUUCCUGAGGAGAAUGAAGCAGGAGGAGUUGGCUGAUCGUCUGCAGAGCAGAAGUCGUUCUGGAGUUUGUCAGCGUAAACUCAAGACUAACCAGAAGAAAAAGUUCCAGUGUGUGUUUGAGGGGAUUGCUAAAGCAGGAAACCCAACCCUUCUGAGUCAGAUGUUCACAGAGAUCUACAUCAUGGAGGGAGGAACUGCAGAGGUCAAUGAUGACCAUGAGGUCAGACAGAUUGAAACAGCAUCCAGAAAACCAGACAGACCAGAAACAAUAAUCAGAUGUGAAGACAUCUUUAAAACCUUACCUGGAAGAGAUGAACCAAUCAGAACAGUGAUGACAAAGGGAGUGGCUGGCAUCGGGAAAACAGUCUUAACACAGAAGUUCACUCUGGACUGGGCUGAAGGCAAAGCCAACCAGGACAUUGAGUUCACAUUUCCAUUUACUUUCAGAGAGCUGAAUGUGCUGAAAGAAAAGUACAGCUUGGUGGAACUUGUUGAUCACUUCUUCAGUGAAACCAAAGAAGCAGGAAUCUGCAGGUUUGAAGAGUUCCAGGUUGUGUUCAUCUUUGAUGGUCUGGAUGAGUGUCGACUUCCUCUGGACUUCCACAACACUGAGAUCCUGACUGAUGUUACAGAGUCCACCUCAGUGGGUGUGCUGCUGACAAACCUCAUCAGGGGGAAACUGCUUCCCUCUGCUCGCCUCUGGAUAACCACACGACCUGCAGCAGCCAAUCAGAUCCCUCCUGACUGUGUUGACAUGGUGACAGAGAUCAGAGGGUUCACUGACCCACAGAAGGAGGAGUACUUCAGGAAGAGAUUCAGAGAUGAGGAGCAGGCCAGCAGAAUCAUCUCCCACAUCAAGACAUCACGAAGCCUCCACAUCAUGUGCCACAUCCCAGUCUUCUGCUGGAUCACUGCUACAGUUCUCGAGAAGAUGUUGAAGAGCAGAGAUGGAGGAGAGCUGCCCAAGACCCUGACUGAGAUGUACAUCCACUUCCUGGUGGUUCAGUCCAAACUGAAGAACAUCAAGUAUGAUGGAGGAGCUGGGACCAAUUCAAACUGGAAUAAAAAAACGAAGAUGAUUGAGUCUCUGGGAAAACUGGCUUUUGAACAGCUGCUGAAAGGCAACCUGAUCUUCUAUGAAUCAGACCUGACAGAGUGUGGCAUCGAUAUUAGAGAAGCCUCGGUGUACUCAGGAGUGUUCACACAGAUCUUUAAAGAAGAGAGUGGACUGUACCAGGACAAAGUGUUCUGCUUCGUCCAUCUGAGUGUUCAGGAGUUUCUGGCUGCUCUUCAUGUUCAUCUGACAUUCAUCAACUCUGGAGUCAAUCUGCUGUCAGAAGAACAAUCAACAUCCCAGCUGCCUAAUGCCUUCAGUGUCAAACCUAAAGUAAAACGUCUCUAUCAGAGUGCUGUGGACAAGGCCUUAGAGAGUCCAAAUGGACACCUGGACCUGUUCCUCCGCUUCCUCCUGGGUCUUUCACUGCAGACCAAUCAGAAACACUUACAAGGUCUGAUGACAUAUGCAGGAAGUCGCUCACUGACCAAUCAGAAAACAGUCGAGUACAUCAAGACAAAGAUCUGUGAGGAUCUGUCUGCAGAGAGAAGUAUCAAUCUGUUCCACUGUCUGAAUGAACUGAAUGAUGGUUCUCUAGUGGAGGAGAUCCAACAGGCCCUGAGUUCAGGAAGUCUCUCCACAAAUAAACUGUCUCCUGCUCAGUGGUCAGCUCUGGUCUUCAUCUUACUGUCAUCAGAAAACAAUCUAGACGUCUUUGACCUGAAUAAAUACUCUGCUUCAGAGGAGGCUCUUCUGAGGCUGCUGCCAGUGGUCAAAGCCUCCAACAAAGCUCUACUGAGUGGCUGUACCCUGUCAGAGAGAAGCUGUGAAGCUCUGUCCUCAGUUCUCAGCUCCCAGUCCUCUAGUCUGAGAGAGCUGGACCUGAUUAAAAAUGACCUACAGGAUUCAGGAGUAGAUCAUCUGUCCUCUGGAUUGAAGAGUCCACACUGCAGACUGGAAACUCUCAGACUGAGUGACUGUGACCUUUCAGUGAGAAGCUGUGAAGCUCUGUCUUCAAUUCUCAGCUCCCAGUCCUCUAGUCUGAGAGAGCUGGACUUGAGUAACAACGACCUGCAGGAUUCAGGAGUGACGCUGGUGUCUCCUGGACUGAAGAGUCCACACUGCAGACUGCAAACUCUCAGUCUCUCAGGCUGUAUGAUCUCAAAGGAAGGCUGUACUUCUCUGGCCUCAGCUCUGAGAUCCAACCCCUCCCAUCUGAGAGUGCUGGACCUGAGCUACAAUCAUCUAGGAGACUCAGGAGUGAAGCUGCUUUCUACUUUACUGGAGGAUCCAAACUGGAGACUGGACACUCUGAGGGUGGACCAUGGUGGACCGCAGAGACUGAGACCUGGUGUGAGGAAGUAUGUCUGUGAACUGGAACUGGACACAAACACAGUACACAUAAGACUCAAACUGUCUGACAACAACAGGAAGGUGACACGUGUGGAGGAGGAUCAGUUAUAUCCUGAUCAUCCAGACAGAUUUGACCCCCGGGCUCAGCUGCUGUGUAGAGAUGGUCUGACUGGUCGCUGUUACUGGGAGGUUGAGAGGAGAGGAGAGGUUGCUAUAGCAGUGAGUUACAGAGGUAUCAGCAGGAAAGGAGACAAUGAUGACUGUAGGUUUGGAGGGAAUGAUCAGUCCUGGAGACUGUUCUGCUCUGAUGAACAAAGUUACUCUGUCUGGCACAAUAACAGAAGAACAUCCAUCACCUCCUCCUCUCUCUCUAACAGAGUAGGAGUGUAUGUGGACGUUCCUGCUGGCACUCUGUCCUUCUACACAGUCUCCUCUGACUCACUGAUCCACCUCCACACCUUCAACACCACAUUCACUCAACCUCUUUAUCCUGGGUUUUGGCUCUGGCCUGGUUCCUCAGUGUGUCUGUGUCCUCUACAGGACUGAGAGUCUCUCCUAUGGACAGAAACACUGACUGAAGAUCAGCUGCUGAAAUCAAAGUUCAGUCUGUUCACCAUCACACACACUCUGCACUGUGAAGCAGAUCUGAGACUCAAACACACAAAACAUUCAUCUGAUUUCAUCUCUGGGAUUAUCUACAUUUGAACUGUUGGACUAAAAACACUUCAUGAUAUGGAACAUCUAAAAUAAUAAUGAAUAGUUAUUUGUAACUAUUAUUGCUUUUAUUUUUGGAAUCAUUCUGUAAUAGAUUUAAAAUUUGGAAAACGUUUCUAUAAACAAUCAUCAUAUAGUCUAAUGUAUCUAAAUGCUUUUAAUAAAAUCGAUAU